AUGCCUGCCCUCCCGCACUCCGGGCCCUCGGAGCUCGCCGCGCCGCCGUUCUCAGAGCUCGCAUCUGCAUGCCGCCGUCCUCGGACGCUCAAAUCAAAUCAAGCAGGAGUCCGACCUCCGCCAUGGACGACCACCACCGACGGGCUCCGUGCUCGGCCACCACCUACAAGCGUGCGGCCGGCCACCGGGACCAGGACGAGCAGCGGCCGCAAGUCGCAACAGGCUCGUCGUCUUCGAGUCCGCAACAGGCUGGGCGCGGUGGUGUGGCACGCUGGGGCCCGUGCAUCCAGUGCCCAGUGCGAGCGGGCUCGUGGUGGGCGGGGAUGGCCCGGGAGGGAGGCGUUGGCAGCAGGGUCUGUGGUGGAGGCGGAUGAAACGGACGCCACACAUUUGGCGUAA